GGCAGCCUCCACAACCGGGACAGCGCCUUCUGGCACAGGGGCGAGGGAGCGAGCGCGCGAGCGAGCGGUGAAGCGGCGGCGGCGGCAUGCGCCCGGCAGAAAACACAGAAGAUAUUCUCGUGAUAUAUGAACAAGAAGCAGAAGAGUGGGCUCUGUACCUAAAAUCUCUUUUCACGCACGUAGUGAAUGAAGGAGGAAUAUUACUCUACAAUCUAGAGACUUCAUCUUUCAAACACCAGGAGUUAUACUCUUUAUCCUGUUAUAAAUGUAAAGUCCUGAUACUCUCAUGUGGCCUUCUAAACUGCCUAAAUCAAAAGAGAAGUUACUUUUUGGAACGAGUUCUGAGGCCUGCAGAUAAUGUGGUGAUUCUGCUUUGCGGGGUGGAGAAUUCAGAGAUUCUUUAUGACGUACUGACCUUAGACAGAAGCAGCCAAGAGAUUUCCACUGACCAGGAGCCCGAGGAAUACCUCUCUGUUGUCACUGGAAUUAUACAAACAGGUAAGCCACAUAAUGAAAAUCCUGGAGACUCUUUGUCUUGCAUCUAUGAAACAGUUCUUGCAGACGAUCACGAGACUAGCUCUGCUGUCUGGGGAGCAUCAGAAGAAACAGACUUCACUUUUAAAACAGAGGUACUGCCCGAAACAUCAGAAACUAACAAGCAGUCAAUAUUGGUGCUGCCAGGAAGAAUAUCAUGUGAGAACCCUGGAGAAAUAUUCAUUUUGUUGAGAGAAGAAAUAGAUGAUGAAACCCUAGAAAUUGAAUUCAUAGCAGAUAGCCAACAAACUAGGCUACAGCCAGCCUCUUGGAAUGAGAAGGUCAAGUACGUGAAGGCCUUAGAUUUUCCUGCUGGCCCUGUAUGUGUAAAUGUCUACUGUGGAGGAGUCAUUAAGGCCACAGCACAGAUCAAGUACUAUACUGCGUUAGAGGACAUUGAGCACCUUUUCAAGGAAGUGGCUGACCCAAUAGCUUUCACUUGUCAGGCUUCAAAAUUUUCCUCAGUAGAGAAGCUGGACAAUGUCUUGACUUUGUUAUUGAAAAGCAAAAUACCUGCUUAUGAAUUCAGCCCCUUCCAAAGUGAAGAAGAGUGCCAUCAACAAGCCAACAGACAUUUGGAGGAAUUUCCUACUCUCCUUCACUGUGCAGCCAGAUUUGGUUUAAAGAACCUUGCAACGUUCCUGCUCAGUCGUCCUAAUGCCACCUGGGCUUGCAAAAUAACCAACGCCUAUGGAGAUGAUCCGGCAAGUAUUGCUGAGAAGCAUGGGCACAGGGAACUAAGGAAGCUGAUGGAAGACUCAUCAAUGAAUGCAGUCAGUAAUUUCACCAGCUGUAAGGAGGAAGCCGAAGAUGAUGACACUUACAUGCCUAUGUUGGGCUCAGAAAGUCAACCAGCCACGGCCAAGCAGCACCUGGGAGAUGGGUAUGGAACUGGACCGAGAUGCCAGCGAGAGGCUGAGGUGGAUGAGGAACAGAAAGAUGAUGCGGAAGACAGCAGAGAGGAGACCAACUAUGAAGAUGCAGAAGAGGAGGAUUUGUACAGCUCUCAGCACAGUCCUGGCGGCUUGCAUGCCAGCACGCUCGAUACUCUCCAAGAGAACAGAAGAGCCUGUUUUUUCUUUAAGAGGCCACCCCCUCCUCCUCCUCAAAAUCUGCCUGGCAGCCUAAGACAGGACAAUCUGCACAGUUUAUCACAAGAGAGGAAUGAGCUCAUCGCUGACCAAGAGAGCUGUGAGACAGAUGGUGAGGAGGAACACCCAUACACUUCUGCAGAGCUGGAGGAAUCCCUGUAUGAUUUUGUACUGGCAGAGGCAGAGGAGGAGGAGAGGAAAGAGCGCAGAUCUUUCAUCAUCAACAGGCCACCAGCCCCUGCCCCUCGUCCAGUGUGUUCACCAGUCCGAGAGGAGAACACUCCCUAUAUAGUACAAGUGUUUCAGCAAAAGGCCACUCGAGUGCCCUGUGACACCAGCAGGAUCUACUGCCACGCCAGGAAACACGCACAGAGAGGCCACCCUGGCACAUCGUCUGACAGCGCUGUGAAACACAGCCUGCCUGCUGAACAGGAGGAACUCAUCCACUUGCAGGAGCAGGUGAAGAGGGGGGCCAUUUCUGUGGAUGAAGCCCUUGACAGAUUUAAACAGUGGCAGAACGAAAACCAGAGACUACAGACCCCUCAACAGGAAAGAGUGCACCACCUGAGAGAGACCUCUACUGGAAACAGGCUAGAAAAGGAGACUCCAAGUGCUCCUAAGGAAAGCAGACCAGAGAGCAUUCCUUUUCUAGACUUCCUCUUCCACAUGGCAUUUACCAGAGCGCAAGAACUGAGUGGUGCAGUAGUAGCAGUGAGUAGUGUCACCUCUUCACUGUUGCCAGGGAGGCAAGAGAGAGGCCGGAGAAGACAAACAGUAUCUCAGGUGGACUUCAGAAGACCAAGAAAGCAUGAAUCAAAUGUUAAUGCCAGCUUAUUAUUUCAAUGCCAGCAGCUUAUAGUUUUAAACAAAGUCUCCAACUAGGAACCCAACAGAGAAGGAACAGAUGCCUAAUUAGCAGAGAUCAUCACAACUCCCUUAUGCAAGCAGGAAGGAGAAUGAGAGAGCUGAGAUCCAGCUGGUGAAUCUGAAGGAGCAGACUGUGUUUUUGAUUCUCUCCUACUCAUUUCCACAAAUGCAAUGUUUGAUCUCAUUCUAAACAAACAUAAGCUGUCUAUACAGUAGCAGGCAUUUCCCAUUACUACUUACAGUGCAAUUCUUCUGCCAGCUGCACAUCAGCUUCCUCUGCUUGGCAGCCCUCAUGUCUCCAGACUGCAUCAUUCCAGCGCUGUGUGGUCAUCGUUGCACUUUGGAGUCCUGGAAUUUCUCUCCUGGGCCAGCUCUAGAAGAAUUCCAGCGUCACUAAAGCAAGUUGUAAGACUCCUGAUAAAGCUAGCACUGAAUUUCACUUUGUUUUUUCUUUGCCAUUGUUUUUUCAAGAUGACAGCUGAGGAUUUUCCAUGAAGAAAAAUUAAUCAACAAAAGCAGCCAAGAUGUAACAAUUUAUCUCUCUUCUAUCAGUUCAUUUUUCCCAUAAUGCUUGAUAGUUGUUUGAAUGAAUGAAAGAGGAAGACAUGAAAGGUUACGAUGAUUGUGAAGCUGUAACACAGGGAAUUCAGUUUUUACUUCUUGUUAAGACAUUUCUGUGUAAAUCUCAUCUAGAAAUUUGUCUUUCCUAAGGAUAAUAAUUGUGCUCCAUCACUACUUGAAGUAGUCAAACUAUAAAUCAGUACCAAUCACCUGCUAAUGCAUUAAAGCCAUUACAAGAUUUUGGUUUACAA